AUGGACACCUGUGAGGACAGCCAGCUGCCUCCGAUGGAUGAAGCAGCGGGGCUUGAAGCCUCGGUUGGGGGCGAGCUCGGGUUGCAGGCUCCGGAUGACGGUGCCAAGCCCACGGCUACGAUUGAUGCUGAUGGUGUGAAAGAUGCAGUGCCAGAGCCAAUGGCAGCUGCUGGUGAUGAGCCAGAUGGCAGCCUGGAUGAGCAGGAGCCGGAGAACCCGGAUGCGGCACCCCUACUUGCUGAGGAAGCAGUACAGCUUCCUGAGCAAAUCCGUGCACAGCUGAGCGACCUCGGCGUCGAUGCCGAUUUACAAUUGUUCUUGCAACAGAAAGCACUGAAAGCCCAAGCACGUCAGCAGAAAGCAGAGAAGACUCUGCAAAGUGCCGCCAAGGCGCAAGCCCGGGCAGAAGCCAAGGCAGCCAAGGAGCAGGCUAAGCAGCAGGAUGAAGAGCCGAAGGCCCUCCCGAAAAGGAAGGCCAAGGCGAAGAGCGCCAACAAGCGCAAGGCAGAGGAACCGGCUGCCUCGGCUGGGGAUAGCGAAGCAGCUGCAGCUGAGCCCAAGAAAGCGAAGCUUGCAGGUACGAUUGAGAGCAUCAUGGCCGAGCUCGAGCCAGUCUUCAAGCUCGGGUUGGUGCGACCAACUAGCAGUCAGCUGAAGCAGAAGUCCUACCUCAUGGCCCCCCCGGAGACAGCGAGUGGUGGCUCCAAGAUCCAGGUGAUUGCGCACCAGAACCAUUUCUAUGUGUGCAAGACAUCCCUUUCCCCUCUUGCUGUUCUGGUGUGUGAGCACUUCGAUAUGCAAGUGAACGAAAAGAAAGGCACGAAUGUGAAUUGGAACAGACACGGGUUCGAGUUCGGCUUCAAGAUUGUGAAGAUCAUUGCAGGCUGGUUGCCAGACUCCCCUGGCAACUGGACUGAAGCUGAGCUCGACGAGCUGCAGGAGUUUCUUGUGUCCGAAGCCAGCAAAGGUUCCUGGAAGCCGCUAGAAGGG